AUGAUGGUGGCUUUCGUCGUGACCACACGACAUUUGGUUUCUUGGUGGUGGUGUCCAGCUGCAUCGAACAUCAUCUUCACCUACCUGCUCGUGAUCUACCACGGGGGCGACGAGUGCCGAUCCUCCGUGCGAUUGCUGUGCUCUGUCAACUUGUUCUUUUUCGUGGACUCGCCAUACAAGCGGCGUGCAGCACGGAAGAUCUCCAGGUGGCUGGACCUCAAGUUCCUCCUGGAAGUGAUCAUCCUGCCACUGCUUGUCGUUUCGGCGGCCGGUUGUGCCGGGGACCAGGCCUGGAUUGACUUGAAGAAGAACGUCUACAUGCACAUCUCCGAGUGCCUUGACUGUCAAGUGAGCCCGAUCUCUGCAGCACGGUGCAGUACUCGUAUAUGA